AUGGAAAACAAACGUCCACUGUGCGUAGCUAUUAUAAAACCAAUUUGGACCUAUGGCGUUCAACUGUGCGGUCGCGCUAGUAAGUCUAACGUUGAUACAAUACAACGUGGCCAAAAAACAUCGUUCUCCGGACCAUCGCUGCGGCCUACCGGUUCGAAAGAAACGACGCCGUUCGCCGCGAUAUUUCUUCUGCCUACAACGGCAGAAGAAAUCCGAAAGUCUGCCCGUAAACACGGGAGGAGAUUGGAGGACCGUAUCAACCCAGCGGCCGUCGAACUGUUAGACAACUCCAAAGACACUAGACGCCUCAAACGUCCGGAACCACACGGCUCGGUAUAA